AUGUGUGACGCAAGCGAUUACACCGUGGGCGCUGACGCUAAACCUAGACUCCUAAGGUGGGUCUUGUUGCUACAAGAAUUCGAUUUAGAAAUCAAAGAUAAGAAAGGAACUGAAAAUGUAGUAGCAGAUCACCUCUCUAGACUCGAAAACCUAGAACCGGAAAGAACAUCGAUCAACGAUGAUUUCUCGUACGAUAAACUUAUAGCUACCUUGGAAGAAAAUAAAGUUGAUAAUCAGGUAGAGACCACCUUAGCUAUAUGUGUUACACCAUGGUACGCUGACUUCGUCAAUUAUUUAGCUGCCGGAAUAGUUAUGCCUAAUUUAUCUUACCAACAAAAGAAACGAUUCUUCCAUGACAUAAAACAUUAUUACUGGGAUGACCCUUUACUUUUCAAAAGAGGCCCAGAUGGUAUUUUCCGUCGAUGUAUACCUGAAGAAGAGAAAUGUGAUAGAUGUCAACGAACAGGAAACAUAUCUAGACGUGACGAGAUGCCACAAAAGGGCAUUUUGGAAGUAGAGAUUUUCGACGUGUGGGGAAUAGAUUUCAUGGGACCUUUUCCACCUUCUUUCGGUAACAAGUACAUACUCGUAGCGGUUGACUACGUAUCAAAAUGGAUUGAAGCUAUAGCUUCUCCAACAAACGACACACGAGUAGUAACUAAACUCUUUAAGAAUAUAAUUUUCCCAAGAUUUGGUGUCCCAAGAAUAGUAGUCAGUGUUGGUGGAUCGCAUUUCAUAUCUAAGAUACUCGAAAAACUACUGUUUAAGUAUGGCGUAAGACAUCGAGUAGCGACACCUUACCAUCCUCAAACCAGUGGACAAGUGGAAGUGUCUAACAGAGAAAUCAAACAAAUAUUAGAAAAAACAGUCGCCACCUCAAGGAAAGACUGGUCAUCGAAACUACCCGAAGAUUUAUGGGCAUAUCGACCCGCUUACAAAACUCCCAUAGGGACAACCCCAUUUAAGCUUAUUUAUGGAAAAUCUUGCCACCUCCCGGUAGAAUUAGAACAUAAGGCCUACUGGGCUAUUAAAAAUCUAAAUUUAAACUAUAAGGCGGCUGGUGAAAAGCGAAUUCUUGACAUAAACGAAUUAGAGGAACUUCGACAAGUCGCCUACGAAAAUGCCAGAAUCUACAAAGAAAGAACGAAAAAAUGGCAUGACAAACGUAUAUCCAUAAAAAUCUUCAAACAAGACGGUUAUUCAGGCUUCUUUCAAAUACCAAUUCACCCUGAUGACCAAGAAAAGACAACGUUUACGUGCCCUUUUGGUACCUUCGCUUAUAGACGAAUGCCGUUUGGCCUGUGUAAUGCUCCCGCAACCUUUCAAAGAUGCAUGAUAGCAAUUUUCGCCGACUUUCUCGAAAACAUCAUGGAAGUAUUUAUGGAUGACUUUUCCGUAUACGGACAAAGUUUUGAAGAAUGCCUUGAAAACCUAGAAAGAGUUCUUGAGCGAUGUGUAAAAGUAAACUUAGUACUUAACUGGGAGAAGUGCCAUUUUAUGGUACAAGAAGGAAUUGUUUUAGGACACAUCAUCUCGAACAGAGGAAUUGAAGUAGACAAAGCCAAAAUAGAGGUAAUCGAAAACCUUCAACCCCCAAGAACCGUGAGAGAAGUACGAAGCUUCUUAGGACACGCCGGUUUUUACCGACGAUUCAUCAAAGACUUCUCUAAGAUAACUAAACCUUUAACCGGACUAUUGAUGAAAGAUGCUGAUUUCAUAUUCGACGAUAACUGUUUAAAAGCAUUUCAAGCGCUUAAGCAAGCAUUGAUCUCCGCACCCAUAAUGCAGACACCCGACUGGAAUGAACCAUUCGAAAUAAUGUGUGAUGCCAGCGAUUAUGCUGUAGGUGCUGUUCUAGGACAACGAAAGGAUAAAAAGCUUCACGUUAUAUAUUACGCAAACGGUUAUUCAGGCUUCUUUCAAAUACCAAUUCAUCCUGAUGACCAAGAAAAGACGACGUUCACAUGCCCUUUUGGUACCUUCGCUUAUAGACGAAUGCCGUUUGGCUUGUGUAAUGCUCCUGCAACCUUUCAAAGAUGCAUGAUGGCAAUUUUCGCCGAUUUUCUCGAAAACAUCAUGGAAGUAUUUAUGGAUGACUUUUCCGUAUGCGGACAAAGUUUUGAAGAAUGCCUUGAGAACCUAGAAAGAGUUCUUGAGCGAUGUGUAAAAGUAAACUUAGUACUUAACUGGGAGAAAUGCCACUUUAUGGUACAAGAAGGAAUUGUUUUAGGACACAUUAUAUCAAAUAGAGGAAUUGAAGUAGACAAAGCCAAAAUAGAGGUAAUCGAAAACCUUCAACCCCCAAGAACUGUGAGAGAAGUACGAAGCUUCUUAGGACAUGCCGGUUUUUACCGACGAUUCAUUAUAGACUUCUCUAAAAUAACUAAACCGUUGACUGGAUUAUUGAUGAAAGAUGCUGAAUUCAUAUUCGACAAUAAAUGUUUAGAAGCAUUUCAUACGCUUAAACAAGCACUGAUCUCCGCACCCAUAAUGCAGACACCAGAUUGGAAUGAACCAUUCGAAAUAAUGUGUGAUGCCAGCGAUUACGCUGUAGGUGCUGUUUUAGGACAACGAAAGGAUAAAAAGCUUCAAGUUAUAUAUUACGCAAGUAGAACCCUAGAUGAAGCGCAGAUGAAUUACGCCACAACCGAGAAAGAACUCCUAGCAGUUGUGUUUGCGCUAGAUAAAUUUCGUUCAUACUUGGUCGGAGCCAAAAUAAUAGUUUACACUGACCACGCUGCUAUCAAAUACCUCUUAACAAAAAAGGAUGAUAAACCU